AUGGAAUUUGACUAUUACCACAAAGAGUCCGGGCACAAAUUUGAGGAGUAUUACAGAUUCGUUCGACAGGUUGCGAUGGAGGACUAUGAGCUUUGCGAGAAAGCGCAAGGUAAUCUGGAAAAGGGCGUCUAUAGUGAAGGUAUCCUGAAUCCAGAGCAGGAGAACGGUGUUUCGUUUUAUCAAGACAGAGUCUUUGAGCUUGUGUGCCAACAGCACGCCGCGGAAAGCGGCAAGGUAUGA